AUGUCGACGUCUACUACAGAGACUCAAUCUUCGACACCAGUGGUAGCAUCAACACUAGAAACCAGAACGGCAGGACCAAUUACGAUCAAAGAAGGCGAUAUAUAUUUUGAAAAGGAUGUAUUUACUCAUACACUUAAAUACGCAACAGGGUUUGGAGCUUUUGGGUUAUUAAUGUCAGCGGUACAGAAUGCAAUAACUAGACACGACCAUGGAGCAGCAGGAGUCAUUACUAGAACAGGAAAAAUUAUUACAGGAUAUGCUUUAGUAGGAGGUAUAUUUGCAGGAACAGAAUCCAUAGUCGCGAAUGUUCGUAAAACAGAUGAUUGGGUCAAUGGAGCCGUUGCUGGAUGUACGGCAGGAUUAACAGCAGGAAUAAGAGCUUGUUUUGGAAUGGCAACUAUUUUAUCAGUAUACGAUUGGGCUGGACAAUGGCAAGGAUUAACUAGUGGAAUGACAGACCAAGAAAAACGAGAAUGGAAAAAGAAGAUUUAUAAACAUCCAUCACCAACACUUCCAGAAAGACAAUAA